AGUGGCUACGACGAUUCAGGGACUUCCGAAGUUCCUGCCAGCUUGUCAGGGGUACACUUUCACAGCACCCGACGUUCGGUACCUAGUAGGUGUAGUGUACCUGAAGGCGGUGGAGCAUCUUUCCGGUCACUUGCAUUUUGCUCCUUACCUUUUGACCCUGCCGCGGGGAGAAUCCCUUUGCUUCCAGAUUACUGGGCCGAUGCUGGACAGAAGACUGCAGCGGAUGUGUCGAGAUCAUAUAUAACGUCAACUUGA